AUGGCGCAUAAAUUUGGAUCAAAAAAACGUAACAACGACACAAAGAAUGAAUCACGAGGAAGGCAAAUUAACAAAAAAAGAGGAACAGUUAAGUCUAAAAUGAGUUCACAAGUUAUUGUACAGCCCCACAAGAUUCACAAAGAUAUUUUUGUGUGUAGAGGAAAAGAUGAUCUACUUUUAACUCAAAAUAUGGUACCAGGAACAUCUGUGUAUAACGAAAAAAGAAUAUCUGUGUCCCUUGAUAACAGUCAAAAAAUUGAAUAUCGAGUGUGGAACGCGUAUAGGAGUAAGCUUGCUGCGGGUAUUAUAUGUGGGCUGGAAAACAUUCACAUUCAAAAAGGAACAAAGGUUUUAUAUUUGGGUGCUAGUUCAGGAACUACCGUCUCACAUGUGUCAGAUAUUGUUGGAGAAACAGGUAUUGUUUAUGCUGUUGAAUUUAGUCAGAGAUCUGGUCGAGAUCUAAUUAAUUUGGCUAUGAAGCGUACAAAUAUUGUACCGAUAAUAGAAGAUGCAAGACAUCCUUACAAAUAUAGAAUGCUUGUUGGGUCUGUAGAUACUGUCUUUGCUGAUGUCUCACAACCAGAUCAAUCAAGAAUUGUUUGUAUUAAUUGCGAAUAUUUUUUAAAAGAUAAUGGUGGGGUUGUUAUGUCAAUUAAGGCUAAUUGCAUUAAUUCAGCUCUUCCUGCUGAGACCGUUUUUGCCGAUGAAGUAAAUAUUUUACGUAAAAAUGAAAUUAAGCCUAAAGAGCAAGUAUCAUUAGAGCCAUUUGAAAAAGAUCAUGCAAUAAUUGUUGGUAUUUACAAACAAAGUAAAAAGAAAUGA